GGCAACGGUGCAUCCGGGACUCAGUGUUAUGGCGGCGACGGAGGGGGACGGACGUGUGUCGCCUCCUCCCGCCGCUCCCCUGCCAACCCCUGCCGAGGAGGGACUCACCGGGGCCCCUGUCAAGGCGGCAGAGGCGGCGCCCGGCGGAGGCUCAGCAGGGCGGCGCAGGAACUUUCCGGGCACGUGGGACCAGAGCAUGCCCGCCACCAGCGAUAGCGCGCAUAACAUGGCUUCGAGUUUUACGCCAGAACCUCCACUUUGCACAGCCGAGUCUGGACCACUAGACACCAGCGAUCACCACCACCACCACCACCCGCGUCACCACCACCGCCACCACCACCACCCCGCCCGCCACCACCCCCGCCACCACCACCACCACCACCAUCACCACCACCACAAGAAGAAGAAGCACCGGGAGAGGGAGAGAGAGCGAGAGCGCGGACACACCAAGAAACACAGGCACAGGGACAAGGAGCGAGGGGGUGAGACCAUUCUGAGGUGGCGCGGCGGAGGCGACGGCGAGAGCGGAAGCGGUGGAAGCGGCGGAAACACCCCCGACCACGGACAGGAGAGAAGCUUCACCCCCCCACCCCUGCGGCUUCCCCCUAGAAACCACCUGGGGUCCUCAUCUGACGGGGGGGACUCCUCUGACUCCCUCUCCCUCACCCCCUCGCCACCCCACCACCCACGCACCGGCCACCCCCUCCACCCCCACCCUCAGGAGCCCCCCAGGGUGCCCCCACACGCCCCGCUAGGCUCCACCUCACCCCCCAGCCCUUCUCUGCCCCCCUCGUCAUCCUCGCCCCUUCCCCUCCACCCCCAUGCCCCUCUGCACCCCCUCCUCCCCCCUCUACGCCCCCACACCUGUCCGCCUGGCCAGCCCCCCACACCUCUCCUGGCAUGGAGGGGCUGCCCCCAGACCCCCUCAGCAGUGGGUCCACCCCGCCCCUCCCACCCCACCCCUUCCUCCCCACCAGUCUCCCCAGGCACCCCGCCACUGCCCCAGGGCCCCGCCACACCACCCCAUCAGGCGGCCCCCCAUGCCUCACCCCCCAGUGAAUCUCAGGCCCCUGGCCCCCCCACAGCCCCAGACCCGCCGGCCCCACCGGGGGAGGAACCCCCUGAGCGGGACACCCCCUCACCCCUGCCGGACUGUACCUUUGAGUGCCCCAAGUCCCCGUCACCUCAGUUUGGCUCCCCCUCCUCCUCCCGCUCCUCCCUCCCCUGCCCCCUACCAGGCCCGCAGCCCCAUCCCUCCCCCAGCCCCGCCCCGCCCCGCAGCCCCAGGGUGGAGGUGCCGGCAAUUCUGUCACCCACCAAUUCUCUCAAGUUGGAAGUGCUAUCACCACCCCCGCCCCGCUCCCCCCGGGCCAGUCAGCCCCUCGCUGUCCCCCGGACGGCCCCACCCACCCCCAGGCCCCGGCCCCGGUCUCCCAUGGACCUGCCCCUGCCCCGGUGGCGGCCUGACCCUGCUGUGCGACACAAGUCUCGUCCCGUCCCCUGCCCCACGCCUUCCCCCAUCCUGACCCCAGAGGCUGCCCCGCCCCGCCCAGUCACCAUCCCACCCUCGGCUGAAAAGCUGCGGCGGUUCAGUGAGGAGGAGGGCCUGGAGGGGCGAGGCGGGGCCGGGGCGGGGGGCGAGGGGCACGACACAGCCGAGAGUGGCUUUGACGACGGCAGUGACUUGUCCCCCGACCACAAGCCUGAGGCCCCGGCGCCUCGCCCCACGCCAGCCCCGGCAGACGAGGAUGCUGCCCCCACCAGCACUAGCAGCACCAGUGAUACCCCGGAGGAGCCCCAGCCCCAGCCCCAGGCAGCAGCGGCGGCGACGGCGGCAGUGGCUCCCAAGCUGGACUUCAAGAGUGAGGUGCUGGACGAGCUGUGCAAGUUUGCCGAGGAAGGCGACACCACCAUCUACACCGGCCCCGCCCGCACCCGCCCUGAAGGGGAGGCUGACCCGCCCCGGGAGGAGGAGCCCCCAACUCCACCCCUGCACCGUGGGGAGUCCUACAUCAAGACCUCCACCCUCAGGAAGCCCCCAACCUCCUCCAAGAAAAGUGACGCCCCGCGGGGCCUCGACACUCCAGCCCUGCCCCGCCGAGAGGAGAUUGAGUCUGGCAGUGAGGGCCCCACCACGCCCCGCCGCUGCUCAGAGGACCAGCGCCCCAUGGCCCUCACGGAACCUGCCCGGGGCGGGGCAAAGGGCAGCCCUGAAAAGGAUGCCAGUCAAGGUGGGGACAAGGUAGAAAAAGGCAGCAGUGUGGCAGCGGCAGCCCCGGCCCCAACCACAAGCCCCGCCCCGGCCCCGAUACCAGAGAAGCCCCAGGUCAGCGAGGACAUCACCACCACGACCACCACCACCGUCAGCCCCAGCAGCAGCACGCACCACCGGCCCCGGCAGAGCAGUACCAGCAGCAACACCCCGGCCAGCUCCACCCCGGCAGCGUCGUCGUCGUCGUCCGGGGCACGGCGGCGGGAGUGCCCCAAGUGUUACAAACGCAGCAAGACCAAGCGAUACAACAUUGGGGUGCAGUGCCGCCGCGACAAGGCCGAGCCCCGCCCCCACCACCACGCCCCGCCCUCCACGCCCACCACCGCCGGCCCUGCCACCGCCCCGCACCAAUGCCCACCCCCAGUGUUCCCUAAGUUGGACUUCGGGACCAGGCAUGUGUCACUGCCCCGCCCCCCUGCUGGAGCCGGGGCGCCGGGGCUGGAGGCGUGUCGGUAUGGGCGGUUCAUCCACGUGGAAACCUACCCCAACGGCGGGGCGACGGUGCUCCACCUGUACCAAGACCAGCUGGCGACCCUCAGCCCCCAGGACCAAGAGCAGCUGGCACAAGAGUUCCUGCAGGUCGUAUUCUCCGAGGACGAGGCCGGGUACGCCCACCACGUCUGCGGCAUCGUGCACAAUGCCGCGCGCUACAUGCCGGACCUACUGGACUACAUGGCCGAGACACACCCCAACCUCUUUGUCAAGGCAGGGGUGAUCGGACACAUCGGCAGGAACUCGGACCUGGAGACCUUCACCAUGGAGAAGUACAGGGAUGAGGUAUAUAAAAGUUACAGCAAUGGUACGUUCCGCGCUGGGCCGCUGCACCAGGUUAGCGUAGUGGGCACCGUACACGAGGAGGUGGGCGGCUACUUCCCCCACUUCCUGGCCAUGAUGGAGGAGAACCCCUUCCUUAGACAGGCCAUGCCGUGGGGCCCUCUGAGUGUGGUAAAGAUGGCGUCUCCACAGCAGAGCAACGACGGACCCAUUCUGUGGAUCCGGCCUGGCGAGCAGCUCAUCCCCACGGCCGAGCUGGGCAAAAGUCCCGCCAAGAGGAAGAGGACCGGCAUCAAUGAGCUCCAGCGUCUCCAGUACCUGCCGCGGGCCACCAAUGCGCGCGAGAUGAUGUUUGAGGAUCGUACCAAGGCUCACGCAGACCACGUCGGGGCUGGGCUCGACCGCAGGACCACCGCCGCCGUGGGCGUGCUCAAGGCGGUCCACUGCGGCCAACCGUACACACACAACCGCGUGGUCAAGGACGUGGUGGCUUUUGACGCGCAUGACUUCCACGAGAUCGUCGAGAAGCUGCAGCUCGACCUUCACGAACCCCCAAUCUCGCAGUGCAUACAGUGGAUCGAGGACGCCAAACUCAACCAGCUCCGGCGCGAUGGCAUCCGGUUCGCACGCAUCCAACUGUGCGACAAUGACAUCUACUUCCUCCCCCGUAACAUCAUCCACCAGUUCCGGACCGUGACAUCCGUGUGCAGCGUGGCCUGGCAUGUUCAGCUAAAGCAGUAUCACCCUGAACGUGACCCCGUCCCCGCCCCGAACACCCCAGGUACGCCGGGGCCCAUGACGCAGACCACAGCCUCCACGCCCCCACAGACGCCCCAGACGAGUGGCCCCAGCGCCCCGACACCCCCGCCCGCCCCGUCCUCCUCUUCCUCCUCCUCCUCCUCGCGUCAUCACAAGAGAAAAAAGGAGAAGGAUAGAGACAAGCAUCGUCAUCGUCACCGAGAGCGGAGCAGCAGUAAGGACGAGGCGGGGCGGCACCGGGGCCAUAAACGACGGGAGAGCAGCUCAGGCGGGGUGGACGGCCAGACCAAGAAGGAGGGCGACGGGGCGAAGGAUGGGACAAAGAAAGAGGAUACCAGCGUGGAGAGAGUGAAAAAGGAAGCUGGAGACGGGGCAGACCGGGGCAAGAAGGAGGACGCCGGGGCGGAGAGAGUGAAGAAGGAAGGUGACGGGGCGGAACGGAUCAAGAAGGAAGCUGGAGACGGGGCAGACCGGGUUAAGAAGGAGGAUCCCGGGGCGGAGAGAGUGAAGAAGGAGGAAUCCGGGGCAGACCGGGUCAAACGGGAGUCAGACGGGGCGGAGCGGGUCAAGAAGAGGCUACGGCUAGACUCCGGGGGUGAGACAGAGGCGGGGCAGGGGGCAGCCACCACUAGCCCCACCCCCGCUGCCCCGCCCCAGGCACCCCCAGCAAAGAAAAUCAAGGAGGAGGAGGAGGAGAUAAUGGAAGCCGGGGCAGAGGAGAAGCCCCAGUCCGAUGCCCCGCCAGACCCAGGGCGGGGUGAGGCGUCGACACCUUCCCGCCCCGCCGCCCCGAAGACGAGACCAAAGACCCCGAGUAAGGUUGCCCCGCCCUGUGACGUCCUGGAGAGCAUCAUAGCCGGCAUGACACAGCCCGGCAUGCACAAGUAGCCCCACCCCUUUGCCCCGCCCGGUCCCGGCUCGCCCCGACCUGAAAUAACAUGACCUGAUGAUCUCUCUAGCUUGCUUUCUCUAUCUCUAUCUCUCACUUAUCACCGUGCCCCGCCCCGCCCCGUCCCGGUCCCACCCUUGAUUGACUUACAUGACCUGACACCCUCUCUCUCUCUCUCUUGCACUUGUUCUCUCUCUAUCUCUAUCUCUGCCCCGCCCCGCCCCUCCCCGCCCCGGAGCACUGUAAACAUACGAUGCAUGCAAUGCCUUAAAAAGCACCAAGGAGUGUCCAACUGCUGCCCCGGCCCCAUCCUGUCGCCCCGCCCCGUCCUGCCCCGCUCUGCUCCAAGAGGGUUGAGUUUGGGGUAUGGUCUGCAAUCUGUACGCACCGCCCCGUCGGGUCUCGUAUCAAGGAAGAAAAAGCUAAUUGGGGUGACUGAGUUGAGGUUUAAGAUUAAAACUUUGGUUGAUACGAUUUUGUGGGUUGAAGUUCAAGAGAUUUUGUUCAUUCAAUUCUCUGGUUAAUUUCUGAACGAUCCUUGAUAUUCUUGGAUAAUUCUCCCGGUAAUUGAAAUUCUGUUCAUUCAAUUCUCCGGACCCAGAUGGUUUAAAGAUUUUUGGUGGCUAAUUUCUGAACGAUCCUUGAUAUUCUUGGAUAAUUCUCCUGGUAAUUGAAAUUCUGUUCAUUGAAUUCUCCGGACCCAGAUGGAUUAAAGAUUUUUUGGGGGUUAAUUUCUGAACGAUCCUUGAUAUUCUUGGAUAAUUCUCCCGGUAAUUGAAAUUCUGUUCAUUCAAUUCUCCGGACCCAGACGAUAUAAAGAUUUUUGGGGGUUAAUUUCUGAACGAUCCUUGAUAUUCUUGGAUAAUUCUCUCGGUAAUCAAAAUUCUGUUCAUUCAAUUCUCUGGACCCAGAUGGUUUAAAGAUUUUUGGGGGUUAAUUUCUGAACGAUCCUUGAUAUUCUUGGAUAAUUCUCCCGGUAAUAAAAAUUCUGUUCAUUCAAUUCUCUGGACCCAGAU